AUGUCUUCUACCGACCAGACCAUCGUUCUCAUCACCGGCGCAAACGGCGGCAUCGGUUUCUCCCUCGCCACCCAACUCCUCGAAAACGCCAAAUACCUGAUCCUCCUCGGCAGUCGCUCCGCUGAGAAAGGCGCAGCCGCUGUGAAACAGCUCCAGGAGAAGAGUUUGCCUGGAAAGGUGGAGUUGGUGCAGAUUGAUGUGAGCGACGAGGAUAGCAUCCAGAAAGCGAAGGAUGUGGUGGAGGAGAAGUAUGGUCGGUUCGUCUACACCCAUUCCAUUCCCUUGUUCAUCUCCAUCUCCAAUCCUACCCCGGUCCUCCCAAGCAGAAUUCAACCCUCCCUCACCCACUAA